AUGGAAGAAGCCACUCCUCCUUGGGGGUCUCUCCCAGUCGAGCAGUAUCUAGUUCGCAAUUGGGACUGGGCCUGCACCGACGAUGACGACGAUCAACGCCGCCGGCUGGUCGAGAAAUUCAUCGACGAGGAUGUCCUCGAGCCCGAGGUUUCCAUGGAAGGCCCCCGGCUUCUGACGAUCGCCCAGAAGCUCUGGAAGUCGGGCCCUCCCGACGACUACUACUUUCUCCGCACACACUACGGCGGCGGGUCCGACGAUGACGCGAAGCUGGAGGAAUGGCUCAACCAGGACCCGUGCGAAGGCGUGGAGCUGAAUCCCGAGGACAAGUGGUGGGUCGUGCUGGACGAUGCCGAGCUGUUUGAUUUCGGCGACGACUGGCAGCGCGUCUACAAGGUCCUGCCCGAGCUUGCCGCGCCGCGCGCACGCCGGGGGUUCACGAGCGACGCUAUCCGCGAAAUUUACGAUUUCGCAACCAUGCACGGCGAGGCUGACGAGGACGACUACGAGGAUGCCAUCCGGUGCGAUGCCGCGUGCGCCGUAGCCUGGCUUCUGAUUCUCGACGAAGAAGCCUUUAGGGAGGGUGAACUGGGCCUCAUGUUUCGCGAUAGCCACGGCAACGUGGUCAAAGACUCGUCCAUCAAGCCCGAUCAGUUGCGAGAGCUCUACAUCUACAACUUUCGCGGAGCCCAGCGAGAAUCUAGCUUUUGGCUGGAUGCGGCCAUUGGGAAAAAGUACAAGACCCGCGGCAAAAUCAUGCGCACGAUAUUGCCCCAAGUUAUGGCACUGGAGCAGACCGACCCGUGA